UCGUAGAUCACUGAAGUGCGUUUCGUGUUGUUGUCAUCCCCGAAGAUGACUGAACGCCGAUGGACACAGAUUUUCACGCCUGAGAAGAAGUGAUUUCACGGAUAACUCUGACUGUACGACGAAGGCAAGUUCUCGGCGAUAAGAAAAAUAAAAGCAAGGACCCAUAUGAAGGCGGAGACGACGAGGCGCCCGGACUGUGAGAUGUGUCCUCUCCAGACCCAGCUGUGCCUCUGCACCGAGUCUCUCUGGCGACCAGCACGUCCAUGGGAGCCCCAGCUGAUCUAGAUGGGUGACCCCGACUGAUCUGGACCACCUUGACUUAUAGUUUCUCUGAGACUCAACUGUUAACUGAGCAACAAUGUCUGUCUCCACGGUAUUGGCCAAGGCGCUGUUUGACAACGCGGCAGAGAGCCCAGAGGAGCUGGCUUUCCGGAAGGGUGACAUCCUGAUGGUUCUUGAACAGGAGCAGAGCGGCGGGCCGGGCUGGUGGCUCUGCUCCCUGCAUGGCAGACAGGGCAUUGCCCCGGCCAACCGCCUUCGACUCCUGCAGACCGCCCCACCCCCAGGCUCAGACCUUCGUCAUGGCUCCGUUGAGGACUCUGUCUACCUGACGCCUGCUUCCCCACUGGCCCAGACUGCUGUCAGCGGAAGUGCAGAGGACAUAGAUCGAGUGUAUCGCUCCCCCCCAGGCGUGGUUGAGGGACGAGGAGGUGUCUCAAGGCCUGGGGAGCUCCGCAGAGUCGAAGGCGGGCGCCCUCGCUCGCACUCCAGCUCUGGCACCCGGCCCAGACCUGACUGGGAAAUCGGGGUGGCGGGGCGUCCACGCUCACCCUCUCUGAGAGGACGAGGCACAGAAAUGACAGGAACUCUUUAUCAGACUCCAGUAAGUCCCAUGCCUUCGGCAGCUCAGCAUACCAGGCAGCCAGGAGCUCUCAUGGCUACAGAGUCUGUGUACCUCUCCCCUACUGGAGUACCAAGGGCAGCGGAUGAGCCAGAGGACACUACAUAUCUAGUCCCUCGAGAAACACUAACAACAGGACACUCAGACGACUGUUACUUGGUGCCCAAAGGUACACCACUAGCAGGUGACGAUGUUUACCAAUCCCCAACAGGAGGAGUCUGCUCUAAUGGCCCCUCCACAUUUAGUGGAACACCAGGUACCCCCCAGUCCAAAGUGAGCCAGGACACACCUGUCAUGUACCAAACACCCACCCUAGUAGGAGCAAACCAUCACAGGACUCCAGCCACAGUUUUGGCCCACCAGCACCCAUCUCAGUUAUCCCCUGCCCAAGCAUCUCCCAGACCUCUGCUCAAGGGAAUGUCACCCAACCCUGCUGCUGCCAGGAGCAAACCCGGCCUGGCCUGUAACCGGGGAUCCCCUUUGCUGGUCAGAGCAGGGCAGGUCAGGGUUCCUGGAUCGCCGAGUUUUGCCCGCAAACCUCCUCCACCAGCACCUCCAGUGAGGGGAGUCACCAGAAAAGACGCACAACAAACAGCCCCGUCGCCAGCCGAUUCAAACCCCAAACCCACAGCUCAGGUCACUCCUGCAAGCCUGCAGCAGGAAGUGGACACGCAGAGGGGAACUCCUCAGAGCAAGGAGGAAAGGACGAACAAUGGCCUGGAGAUGAGGUGCAAUGCGCAGAACAAAAAAGGAGAAAAUCAGGAUUGCUUGGAUCCUGUGGAUGACCAGGUGUAUGAUACCCCUCCCAGUGGCAGGUGGCAGCGUCAAGUCCCGUCUGCCCUUGGUGGUGAUGAUGGCAUCUAUGACACCCCUCGCUGUGUCCCACCACAAGCUGACUCUGAGACAGAGGUCUACAAUGUCCCCACCAUCACUCUGAAUAUGUCCACGUCAGAUGUCCAGUCUGAUGAAGGUGAUGAAGAUGUAUACAGUGUUCCUACACUUCCAGGUGUGCCCCUGGGCCCAGGCGAGUCCACUACCAGCCUCUCUGGCGAGGACGCCUCCCAGGUUGGACAGGUCUAUUGUGUCCCUGGACCUGAGAAACGAGCCAGCGGUGGAAGUCAAAACCGGGACUCUUCUGAGCCCGACUGUGGCAUCUAUGACAUGCCAGCUUUGACUGCGGACGCCCUCCCUCACUCUUUGUCAUCCUCCUCCACCUCUACCCGCCGCCUCUCUGUCUCGAGCAACGGUUCGGGUGACGUGCAGUGGAGAGCCUCGCUUUCCUGCCUAGUCCACUCGGUGAUGAGCACAGCCUCCUGCCCGGCCUCCGCUCUGUCGUCACGGGACCUGGCCACCUCGUUGGCUGAAAUCCUGUCGACCUGGAAAGCCAAUCAUUCAGAUGAUCCUGCACCGCCUCUUCAGCAGGCGUGGGCUCGUCUGUCUGACCUCCUCCCGGCGUUAUCUGCUAUCGGUAACGCUCCUCCAUCUGAAGGACUCUUGGUGCUGGUCCAGCGCUCCCUCGAGGAAAGUGCCCUCCUCUUGCAGGCUCAGGGCCGACCCCGUCUGCCUUCCCAAGAAUCCCUGUCCCGCAGGCCAUUGCCUGCGCUCCCAGUGCCUGAUGGGAAGUCCUCGGGAAGUGGGAUGGGCUCCCGUAAAGGUAGCUGGAUCCAGGAGAGGCCCCUGCCCCCGACCCCUCAGCCUUCCUUCCCCUUACCUCCUACUCUGUCUACUGUGACACUGACAGUGGGCCCUAUUGAUGGAGAAGAUGACCCAAGCAAUGAGUAUGCAGGGAUCGGCUUGACUCCCAUCUCUGUCGCGGUACCCUCUGGAGACAGUGUUGGAUACGUCAAGCUGCAGGGUAAACCCGAGCCACCUCCCGAUGUCCUGACUGAGAAUGGACAAAUACAAACAAUCACUGCAGAGCCCAGGUUGACCCCGUCCCCUGGUCUUCCGGUGUCGCUCUCCCUGGAGGACUCGGAGCUGCUGUCCUUUUACUCCUCUCAGAGCCUCGCUCACCUCUCCUGCCUGGCAGACGCCAUCGACGUGCUCUUCAGCAGCGUGCAGGGGAACCAGCCGCCCCGCAUCUUUGUCGCCAGAGGAAAGAGUCUCAUUGUGACAGCGCACAAAUUGGUGUUUAUUGGGGACACGCUCUCCCGCCUUCUCACCUCUGCCGACCUCCGGGCCAAGAUCACAACCUCAGGGGGACGACUCUGCCAGGCCUUGAAAUCAGUCGUCGUGGCAACAAAGGGAGCUGCACAAAACUACCCGUCAGUAUCCGCCACCCAGGAGAUGGUGGACCGAGUCGCUGAGCUCUCCCAGCAAGCAGCCGGCUUCUCCACUCUGCUCCAGCGUCUGGCAGAAAUAUCUUCAUGAUAUUUCCUAUCACUUGCGUAAAGACUUUGUUUACACUACACGUAUAUUUUCUCUCUUUGAAAUGCCUUAUUUGUUGUUAGACUCUUUCAUUACCUUUCGUUUGAAUGGGAUUGAAGCAAGCGAGGUUGAAUCCUGCAAGCUUUCGACCUCGCUGCAGCUGUUACUAAGCUGGGUUUUGACUGUUGGUUCUGUCCUCCAAGUGUGCGUUGGUUUGCCUUUGUUUAUAUACUGACCUCUGUGCUUUGACGCCAGGCACGCUUGUCUUUUUGAGUGUUAACUUAUUGAAUAUUUGAAGCCCUGCUGUGGCUUUGAGAGUCUGUGCAGACUGCUUGUCUUGGGAGCUUAGCUUUAUUAUGUUUGCCAUGUUUUCUUUCCCUCACAUGAUAGCAAUUUUUCCUUCCUUCCUCUAUUUAUUCAGCCACCCCCCCCUAUUCCAAAAAUAGAUCGGAAGGAGGCCUCGCAUCCUGGUCCUGGCCUACUUUUGACUGUGAUACCUGAAAGGCCUUUUGUGAUUAUCAUGCAGAAGCAGCAUAUCGAGUGUUUUGGGCUUAAUAUGUGAGAAAUGGAAUAGGGUGUGUAGAGUAAGAAGUUUGCCUGACCUCCAUUCUUAAUCUGUGCAAGUAUGUGUUGUGUUUGUGUUGUACCCAUUUCCACUAGAAAGCAAAGAUUAACUGCGGUACAGCGUGUAAUCCACUCUGUGAGGAUUACACAACAUCUCUCAGUACAUGUUCAGAUUACGUUCUCGCAGUCUUACACACCUCAUGGGGAAUAAUUAAAGUCCUGUCUGACAGGGGAGAGUUAAUAUCUGGGAAUUGAUGCAGUGACUGAGAGUGAAAAGUGAUAGUUGUGUGAGAAAUUGCUUAAUCCUUUUCUUUCCCACAGUCACGCUGAAUCCUGGCAGUGAAUAAGAAAACCUGUUGACCAAGCUCACCUGUCUCUACAUGUCUUGUCAUGGUCUACAUGCUUACUCUUCUUUGACUUCAUCUUAGUUUCCUGUAAGAUUCUCACACAGAAACUCGAAGCACGUGUGUGUGUGUGUGUAUAUAGUGAUGUUGGUCUUAACCAUAUCUCCUGGUCCAUCUAAGACCUUUUUAUUUGCUGUCUGUAUUUUCAUUUAUGCCAGUCAUCAGAUGUGAUAUGUUGAUCACACAGAUGACUUGAACAGUUGAACAUGUUUGUCAUUUUUACACUACAAAUCUUUGUAAACACAUCUCCAGCUUUAUAUUUGGGUGCUCUACAAAGUUGAUUAUAAUACCUAAAAAAUGAUCUAUCUUCUGUAUCGUCAGUCAUAUUGGUUAACAUACUAUUGAAGUUUUUUAUGUUUCAGAUCCAAAUCAAUAUUAUCAGGGCAUUGCAUAAUCAUUUUGUCAGUUGUGUGGUUGAGUUUAAAUCUUUCUUGGAGAAAUAUCUUUCUGCUUUUACAUUUAUUUUUUUUCUGCUGCAGUGCCACCUUGUGGAGGUUUGAAUUAUUACCUAGUGAAUACCUGUCUGCCCAGACGGGCUCUUUACAGUCUGUAUGAAGAGAGCAUGAUCGGCAAGUAACCUUUAGAUCUGUAUUUAUGAAGGUCAGUUUUUAUGUUUUUGCUUUCUAUUUUGCAUGGCUUUAAUUUGCUUAAAUUUUAUAUAUCCACAUCCUUUACAAUGGGUGGUUUUACUAGCUAAUUGACAACCAACAAAUGUAUUCUUUUUUUUUUUUUUUGGAAAACUAUGUUAAGUUACAGUUUAAAGAUAUGGCUGUAUUUUCUUUUUAUACAAGAAAGUUUUUUACACUAUCUGAACUCAUUUGAGUCUGUUAUCCGUAUUUGCUGCGGUGUAGAAGUUAAUCUUUGACUUUUCUCCUGUAGUAAGCGGGCCUAAACCUCUUACUUUUAACACUAUAUUUGAUGUCUGUCUUGUAUUCCUGUUCAGAAUGCACAAAUACAUCUUUUGCAAUUAAAACAAACGUGUUUGGA